GUAAACUUUAGUUUAAAACACUAUUGAAACUUAAAAGGCUUAUCCAAACAAACAUCAUAAUAAAGUUAAGUUUUAUAUAAGCUGUUCAGCGCAAAGCUUUUGAUUCAGCCUCAGUUUUUCAGCCAUGAAGUUUUCCACUGAUGAGGUUCCCAAUGGGAAGUUCUAUGCACGUAUAAAAACUCCAAAAAGUGUUAUGCUGGUACCAUUCACUAUGCUCCUCCUUAUGCUUCCUCUUUCUCUUAUGAGAAACUCACAUGAAUCAUCAUCUCCAGUGUUAUCUUCUGUCAGCAAUUUGAACAUCACAGAAACUGAAAAAAGAUGUGACAUCUUUUCUGGGAAAUGGAUUCCUCACCCUGAAGGACCUUAUUACAACAAUGAAACUUGCAAUUUGAUCAUAGACCAGCAAAACUGCAUCAAGUUUGGGAGGCCUGAUAGAGAUUACCUUUAUUGGAGGUGGAAGCCAGAGGAAUGUGAGCUUCCACUCUUUGAUGCAAAUCAAUUCUUGAAUCUUGUCAGUGGAAAGAAGAUAGCCUUUGUUGGAGACUCAGUGGGGAGAAACCAGAUGAGAUCUUUGUUGUGCCUCCUUAAUCAUGUGUCUCAACCAGAGGACAUUUCUCAUAGAUAUUCAUCAGACGUGGCAUAUUUCAAACGCUAUUUCUAUGCUGAUUACAAUUUCACCCUUGGAAAUUUAUGGUCUCCCUAUUUUGUGAGAGCCAAUGAUGCUGACCAAAAUGGUCAUUCUUAUAAUAGCAUCAUGAAGCUGCAUCUAGAUGAGGUAGAUGAAGCUUGGGCAAGUCAAGUGGAAAGUUUUGACAUUGUAAUAAUCUCAGCAGGACACUGGUUCUUUAGACCUGUAUUGUACUAUGAAAAUAAUCAACUUGUUGGAUGCAACAAGUGUGGAAUGGAAAAUGUGACAGAUUUUGGUCACUACUAUGGAUACAAGAAAGCAUUCAGGACUGCAUUUAGAACUCUUAUAAAUCUUAAAAAUUAUAAAGGGGAUACAUUUUUUAGGACAUUUUCUCCAUCUCACUUUGAGAAUGGGGAUUGGAACAAGGGAGGGAAUUGUGCGAGGACAAGGCCAUUCACUAAGGAGGAAGUGAAGCUGGAUGGUUAUGUUCUUGAAACAUAUUUGACACAAGUGAAUGAAUUUAAAGAAGCAGAAAAGGAAGCAAGAAUGAGAGGUUUGAAGUUUUUGAUGCUGAAUACCACAGAGAUCAUGCUGAUGAGGCCUGAUGGACACCCCAAUGGCUAUGGACAUUCUAUGGAUAAAAAUGUGACACUAAAUGAUUGUGUUCACUGGUGCUUGCCUGGUCCUGUUGACACAUGGAAUGAGUUUUUUCUGUAUAUGAUGAAUAUAGAAACCCAGACAUCUACUGGAUCAAAGGUAGAGAGAGUAUUCUAGAAGAUCAGAUUUGAUUUAUCAUGUUAAACAUAGCAAAGAUAUUGAUAUUUACUUUUUGGAUUUUCAAAGUAUAGUGUAAUUUUUCUAUAUUUACACAUAAAGGGCAGGGGAACCCAUGGGGAAGAACUCAUUGAAUGUAUACAUCUAUUAUUGAUAAUAAACUAUGGAAAGGAAUUUGUGGUGUUA